AGCAAGGCAAGUACGAUGGCAGGAGUCCGGCGCGAGACACCGCUGACCAAGUUUAACGACCUCGCCAAGGAGUGGGAGAAGAGUGUGGCCCAGGGCACGGGACGCCUGACACAGAUUGCCAACGCCAACCAGAAGCUGUCGCAUGCAGACGGGGAGUCGUGGGCAGGACUCGCGGAUGCGCAUGCACUGCACACCACACUUCGUCACAAGCUCGAGAGGGAAGCCCACCAGUCAUGGCAGCACCUAAGCACCGUCCUGGACCAACUCGGCGAAAUCCUUUCAAAAAUGCGAUCGCUGUGCCUGGUCGAGAUAACUCCUCACAAAAUGGACGUCGACUGCAACUUCUGCCCGACGUUGUCCCGCGUGCAACAUGACUUGCUCUUCCAGGAACUGAUCGAGAUGUACCAGCAAGAACUCAUGGCGAAAGCUAUGAUCGCGGUCGACAUUGUCGAUUGCCACGAUCACGACACGGCUGUCGUGUACAUUGCGUCGUGGCAAAUGCAGCCGUACGUUUGUAAAUCUCGGCAGGACGAGCUCCUGGUCCUCCUAGCGCCGCCUCCAAAGCGCGAAUCGUCUCAGAAGCUCGUCAAAUAAGUUAAUGGAUGCAGCAACGACGGUGUGAAGGCCGACUCGUGGCGCUUGUUUGCUCGACACA